AUGACCUUCGAACCUCAUCUGCAUUGGUCAUUCAAUAACGAACACGUCCUUCUACCCAGCAUCGUGCUGACGUCAUUUGGAAACUUUGUGGUAGCCUUACUGUUAAUUGUCAGCAUAUGUCUCUUGGAGAGAUAUCUAACGUUUCUGCUUGAGAAGCAAUGCAGUCCCCGAUUCUUCAAAUUGUCACGGAUAUCUUUCGCUUUUUGGAGGACUGGCCUAUAUUCCAUAGCCACCUUGCUUAGAUUAUGCUAUAUGCUCGUUGCAAUGACAUUUCACCUUGGGCAUCACCGUAAAAUAUCAGCUAUCUUGACAUAUCUUGAUGCGUUACGACAGGUCAUCACUCUUUCUGCAGCCCAAUUUAUCAUCGAGCUGCGCAAUUUACCAAAAGCACGCGACGUUUAUCCCCAUCAGAAAUACGAAUCGAUCUCGCGGCCACUGCUAUCGGACGAAGAACAAACCUACCCUCCCAGGACCGUCAAGACGCGUCCCCGAUCUAAAUCAAAGCCUGACGACAUAUUUAUACAUCCGACGCAAUCCAAUAUUGCUCGAGCUGAUGCUGUUGCUCUAGAGAUGGGUUUAGGUGGAGAAACUGAGAGGGUACAAGCUAACACCUACCCACGGGAAGAGUCUGGAUGGGAGGUUGGGAAAGGCAGGGAUAUGGCACGGGAAUUGCUUUUGGGUUCUAAAGAAAAGAAAAAAUCACGCGAGUCGUUCUACAUCAACGACUCGGACUCGGAUUCAUCUCAGAGAUGA